AUGGCAACCUCUCCCUCGGACUCCCGUCAGCUCUCCCCUAGACUUUCUCCUCGGCCAUCCCCCCGGCCUUCUGCGGAUGAAGGUGUUCGGCUACUUCAACAACGAGAGCCUCAUUCCCCUUUCAGGCCAGACGAAGAAUUGCAUUUUGACUUUCCCCCUGUUGUCCUCUCGCCAAAGGAAGUUACUCUGCAGGAGUACACUUAUUCUCACCUGCCACGGGCCCCUGUAAGGAAGAUGAUUUCAGUUCCCGAAUUACGAGACGGGCAACGGGGUCCGGAAUUCCCAUCGAGCCCAUCCAUGUACAGACAGAAUUCAGCCGGUAGACCGAGCCCGAAGAUGCGGCAGAGCUCCGAGGAACGUGGGAGGGAUAACAUGGGGGUUGGAGCGGAAGUGCUGUCAAAACAGAUUCAUAGAAGGAUGAUGAUUGAACAGGAACAGAGUUGGGGCUCCCCAGACGGUUCGUCCGGCGGUCGUGAUAGGUUGCUUCGACAGAAGAGCAUGGAACGGGGAAUAAAGGUGGGGUUACCACCGCCAGGUCAUCAUCCACAGGGUAUGCGAGGUGUGAAUGGGCAGAGUAGGCGGGGUCGAAGAAAUGGUGAACGAACAGAAUCGCCUGCGCCUGGUGCAGCACCCCCAGGGCUCAAGAUGCCGUUAGCCUUUAAUUCGAUCGCGCGGGAGAGGGGAUUCACAACUGGCUCUCCUCACCCUGGUGCUCCGGUGUUUUCUUCGCGAAAUGGUCCUCCUACACCGAGAGGGUAUCCUUCAAACGGUCCGUCAAGCUCUGCUCCUGAUCUUUUUGCCAACAACGAGAACAGAAAUUAUCCUCUGUCGCGGAACGAUCCUAGGAAUCCACCCAGGUCUCAUCCGCACAUUCCCCCGCAACCACCCUAUAGUAACAACACUAGCGCCAACACAUCCCCACACAGUUCCUUUGGACCUCUAAGCGCCACCGAUGAGGUGCGCACCUCUUUUCGCUCGGCUUUAUCUGCUACGGGAGAGAAUCGUUCCAGCACUUUUACCAGCUCCUCGGAGCUAACGGAGGAUAGCCAUGCUAUGACUGUCGACGAAGCCAUCGGAAUGUACGGUAGUGAUACUGACGAAGAAAUCUCGGAACAUCCUACUUCCGAGGAAGAGUGCCGGAGGAGCAAAGGUGACUCUGUGCUGGGAGGAGCAACAUCGCGGCAAGGAUCCGUGUCGGACGAGAGUAGUACGAAGGCAGAAUCAGCUUUGGGUGGUGUAUCGCGACAGGCUAGCUUUGCUGACGACAGGGAGCAAUCAAGGAGGAGCGCGAGUGAUUCUGUUUUGGAAGGAGACAUUUCUCCAUCGGUUAGGCCGAGAAUGGUGGAGCAAGAGAGUGUCGUGAAGACGGCGCUAGAAGAGCAGAAGGAACAGCUGGAAGCGACCUAUGAAACUCAGAUGGUGGAACUUACUGGUACGGAAUCUGAUUUGAAAGAGGAUCGCGGAGCCGACGCGAAAAGAGGUGAAAUUUCUGGAUAUAAGGAUAAUCUCGAGCCUGAGUCCAGUGCUCAAGGAUGUGGGCGACGCGGUGAUCACGGAGAGCAUGAUACCAAUUCAUCUGUCGAACUAACUGCCACGGAAGAGACUCUUAAGAAACUCGAAUCUAUACCCGUUGGACCCAGGGCAAAAUCUCCAACGGUUCUCACGGCCGGGGACCCAUCAGAUACACCACAGAAGAACCCUCCUAUGGCUAAUGGGGUGCCUACUAAGGAUGCUAGGGAUCGUUACGGGUGGGCGACCCUGCUCCUGGCUGGAAUGCUUAAUGCUAACCUGCCGUAGGUUUCGAAAACAAACACAAUACGUGACUCUUCAGGAGUAUGACGAGUGGAACACUCGCUACGAGGAAACCCUACGGAGGCGGCGUGGGAAGUGGGAGAUAUUGCUGAAGGAGUCUGGCUUGUCGCCGAAUAGCGAGGGAGGCCCCGUACGAUUCCCACCGAAGUCGACCAAGGUCAAACGUUAUGUGAGGAAAGGUAUUCCUCCAGAAUGGAGAGGCGCGGCUUGGUUCUGGUAUGCAGGAGGUCAAAAGAUGCUUAACAAGCAUCCUGGAUUGUAUGAUGAAUUGGUCAAAAAAGGUGACGGCUUGGUGUCUCCUGAUUCCGAAUUAAUUGAAAGAGGUUUGCAGUACAUCCAAGUUACUUGUGGUAAUUCCGAUUGCUAACAACGAGAUAGAUCUUCACCGCACCUUUCCCGAUAACAUCAGAUUCAAACCUGAUACUUCUCCAGGUGCUCAAAGACUCUCCAAGAUUCAACAACAGCAGAUGGAGACACCAAUCGUGCAACAGUUGAGAAGAGUCCUGGUUGCCUUCUCGCUUCACGUUCCUAAAGUCGGCUAUUGCCAGAGCUUGAACUUUCUGGCUGGACUCUUGUUGCUAUUUAUGAGUGAAGAGAAGGCCUUCUGGAUGCUGUACAUUCUCACUCACACUCAUCUCCCCGGAACACACGAGGUAAACUUGGAGGGUUCAAGUGUUGAUCAGUGGGUGCUUAUGAUGAGCGUUCGGGAGAGUUUGGCUGGUAUCUGGGCCAAGAUUGGCGGUGAUCUCGACGGUAGCGAUUUUGAUCCUGACUCUGCGAGGUUACCCCCGGUUACUCUAUGCACUUCUUCGUGGUUCAUGAGUGGGUUUAUUGGAUCACUGCCCAUUGAGAGCGUCCUGAGAGUUUGGGAUUGCUUGUUUUAGUAUGUCUUCAUCCCCUGUCACCCAUUUUUGACGCACGUGUUAAUUUUUACGAAUUGUAGCGAGGGAUCUAAGACUCUCUUCAGGAUUGCUCUUGCUAUCUUCAAGACCGGUGAGCCGCAGAUUAGGGCCGUAAAUGACCCGAUGGAGAUCUUCCAGGUUGUUCAAACAAUUCCAAGGCGCCUCAUCGACGCGGGUGCUAUCAUUGAAGCGUGUUACCGCCGGAGAAAUGGCUUUGGACAUAUUAGUCAAGAAACUAUCGAUCAACGGAGACAGGACCGCAGGGAUGCUUUUGCAGCGGAGCGGGCAGCGAUUGCGAAGGGAGGAGUCAGGGCUUCUAAGGAUGAUCAGGCGCUUCGGAAUCAUUUCGGUGGACCAUUGCAACUUCACGGCCAUCACGAUUUUAGCAGAAAAUUCAAGAAGAUCUUGGUGAAGACAUAGUUUGAGUUUUUUUUUUUGAUCUUGAUCUUGAAAACAGCUUUUUUCACUUUAUAUCCUCCUUUUGUUUUUGUUUUUGGGGGUGUUUGAAGGCAAGGCGAAGGUCUUUUUUUUUUUUUCAGAUCUCUUCCUGUUUUUUGAUCUCCUUUACUGCAACCAAAAGUUUGGUGUCUGCUUUAUAUUUUCUUUUUUGCUUUAUUCCUUUUACUUUUGUUUCCUAGUUCCGGGUUACAUGUUGGGGAUUAAGUGCCGUAGGGAGGAUAUCACCAAGUGCCACACAAACGAUCAAGUAUGAAAUGUAAUUUCCCUUCUUUUUCUUUCUUUCCUUCUUUCCAUUCUCCUUUUUCCUUCUUUCUUUCUUUCUUGGGGGCUGGCGGCAUCGUUAUCUUCAUUUCUUAAUCCUUAUUGGUGUUUCCGUCGUCAUGGUUCAUCUUCAUCAGUAGUUUUAACCCAUUUUUCGCAGCAGCUUGUCUGUCAACCUACUUGUCCAUACAUUCUUAUUCUUGUUCCCCAUCCUUUUUUCCCUUUCUUUUUAUAAAUAUUUACCUUGCAUGGAGCUUUCUUCCGGGCGUUUCUUCUUUCUUCCUCUAUUUUGUUUCCAUUGAGAAACUUUAUAUAUAUAUAUACCUUGCUUGGCAUCAUACCUUUUUUUUGUUGUUUGUGUAGACGGUGCUCGAGAUAUCGUGCCGUAGAGUGGAGUGAAGGGAACUAGUCAAAAUUGGUUCCACUGCCUUUUGUUUUUCUCUCCUUUUUUCUGUGUGUGUUGUAGUGUAGCUCUGUGGAUAGAUGAAUAACAUAGAAUUUUUCGAGCUCAUGCCGCUGGGGGGGGGGGGGGCGGGAGUCGGAGAUGCUUUUACUGCUACUAUGGUACUCGAGUACAAGUACUUGUAAAGUAUUGUUAUGCGGGGUUUGAGGAUGGUGUGAGGGCUUGAAUGUGUGAGACACGGGCGGGAGGGAGUGGAGAUUGGUUCUCGGGUAGUGCCCGCUUGGCAUAUUAUCGUGUUGGUUCAAUCGCUUCCCUUGUUGCUUGAUAUCGGGGUGUUUCAGUUUGGGAUGUCAUAGCUCGAGUGGGUACCAUACAGGACGAGUACUGUCCCGGCAUCUGUAUUCCUUAGACCUUGAAGUCGCAGCUUUGAUAGGAGGGGAAGUGGGUGUGUUAUGGAUUCGAGCUUGGGGAAACUUUGCCGAAGUUUACUGUAAAGUGCGGUACUGUGGUUACUGUACUGUACUGUACAGCACAAGUACCGCUAUAUCAUACCGAAGUGACAUGCUUUGGGGAUGAAAAGUUAUCGCCAUUUUUGCCAGAUUGAGCGACUUACGGGUACAAGUGAUAGUGCUGUGCUCUACCAUCGAAUCCCUCCAAACACUUCCCCAAAUCGAGAACCUUUUUUAAUUAAUUUAAGCCUUCCAACUUGAUUAUACUGUCCCGGUAUCAUAUAACCGCGAUUCCCUGAUCUCUAAUCUACUCGUGCUGUACUCGUACUGUACGGUACUACCGGCGCGGUAGUAUAACACGUAGCACAAACAAUGCACAUUGAGUGAGAGGGGAUGACGGUAAACAGACAACCACGGCAACCCAUGAUAUCAUAU